AUGACAAAUUAUCUUGACAAUAAUAAUUUACCACCUAUUAUGGAUAAAGAAUCAUUAAAAGGACCAUACAAUUCUAGAAGUAAUAUAUUUUAUACAGUACGUACCUAUAAUAAAUCAAAUGACAAUAAGGAUUUUAAAAAAAAUUAUAAAGUAAAAGAUAUAUCCACUUUUGUUGAAGAACCAAAAAAAGAUAAUAUUCAUUAUAAUGAAGAAAAUUUAAAAAAAGUAACAUCAACAAGUAAAAUGUUUAAUAAAAUAAGUAACUUAUCAAAUAUUGACUUUUCAGUUAAAUCUAAACAUUGUAAAAGAUGUAAUAACGUUGUUUAUGAAGCAGAAAAAGUAUCAACUGCUGGAUCUGUAUGGCAUAAAACAUGUUUUAGAUGUUAUACCUGUUUAAAAUCAUUACAAUUAGGACAGAUAUCAGAAAGGAAUAAUGAAAUUUAUUGUAACAGUUGUUAUGCUAAAGACUAUGGUCCUAAAGGAUAUGGACAUGGUGUUAAUGUUGGUACCUUAUCUCCUACUAAAUAA